GAUAAAAUAACAUUUAUUGCUUUAGCUGUUACUAGGUGCACAUUUUGUUCUCGAAUGUUUUUAAAUAAAUACAGUAAAUAAUUUAUAAUAUAUUGUAAAACAUAACAAAAUGCCAAAGAAAAAAACAGGACAAAGAAGAAAAGCUGAGAAACAAAAGUUAAGGCAAAAAGAAAUUAGAGCAGCUAAGGAUCAAAUAAAUUUAGCUAAAUUUCCAUGCAAUGCAGUAAUGGAAUGUGACAAGUGUGGCAAGAAGCAAAAAAGUAGAGCUUUUUGUUAUUUUUGUCAAAAUGUGCAACGUUUACCUAUGUGUGCUCAUUGUGGAAAAAUAAAAUGUAUGUUAAAAACUGGAGAUUGUGUGGUUCGUCAUCCUGGUAUAUUUACUACUGGCUUAGGUAUGGUGGGAGCUAUAUGUGAUCAUUGUGAAGCAUGGGUUUGUCAUGGAAGACGUUGUCUUACUACCCAUGCAUGUAUAUGCCCAUUGAUGGAUGCAGUCUGUCAGGAAUGCGAGAGGGGUGUAUGGGAUCAUGGUGGUAGGAUAUUUCGAUGUUCAUUUUGUGAUUGUUUUCUUUGUGAAGAUGAUCAAUUUGAACAUCAAGCAUCGUGCCAAGUCUUAGAAGCAGAAAAUUUUAAAUGCCAAUCCUGCAACCGUUUGGGGCAAUAUUCUUGCUUGAGGUGUAAAACAUGUUAUUGUGAAGAUCAUGUUCGAAGAAAAGGGUUUAAAUACGACAAGAACAAACCUAUACCUUGUCCUAAAUGUGGCUUUGAAACGUCUCAAACAAAAGAUCUUAGCAUGUCGACAAGAAGUCAUAAAUUUGGUAGGCAAAAUCAAAGUGGAAUGUAUGAAUCCGAUGAUGAAAGUGGAUAUAGCUGUUAUGGAAAUCAAUCUCAGUAUCAUGUUUCUGAAAAUUAUACUGGUUCUGAUCAAGAAAAUGAAGAUGAAGAGGAGGAUGAUUACGACGGUGAUGAGGACGAAGACGAUGAUGAAGAGGAAGUAGAAAAUGAGUCAUCAAGCGAAAACGAAGAAAAUGAAAACAAUACAUUACCUAAAUGUAAUCAUUAAUAAAAGGAAUCUAGGAACAACAGAA